AUGGGCUUUCGCCCAACAUUUCGACAUCACAACGACAAGCAAGCAGAUUACAGUGUUGGAGAUGAAUGUCUUUCUCGAUUACCAUAUGCUUCUAUUAUUGCAACUUCUAUGUGCGGUAUUGGUGUAAUCCUUUUUACAUUGGUGAUGACAUGGGCAUUCAAUGCAUCUGUUGAGCAAGCUCGUCGGUUAUUGAAUGUGGAGAAUUUACCUUGGCUUGCAAAAAUGCAAGUGUUAUUUAUUUGUGUUGCGGUGUUAAUGGCAAUAGCAGCUUUAAUUCUACUUGUCAUUGCUGCUAUGAGCACGGGUUCCACAAGAAAAGAGCUUUAUAGGGGGAAACGUGGUCGUAUGGGAGGAAAAUUGGCAAAUGCAUUUUCAUUGAUAACUGCAUAUUUGUUAAAUAUGUGCUGGUUUGUUUGUUUUGCAAUUGUGGUUGUUCUUUGUUUUGUAUAUUAUAUAUUUACCUUUCUAUGUUCAUCAAUAUCAUUCAACGGUUCCGAUUGUCUUGACUUCUCACUAUUUCAACCGUUUACUCAGCAAAUUUCUACAAAUUCAUUGAAGCUUUGUGGCGGCGAUGUGCAGCAGUUCUGUGCUCUUUCAUGGAGUGCAUUUGCCUGGUAUUUGGUUAGUUUAAUUUCAUGUUUAAUAGUAAUCAAAGGAUUGGAACAUUUUAUGAUGUGCAGCGCAGCAAACUAUGCUCAUAUCAGCAGUGGACUGAAAUAUCUCGAGUUGAGAGAGUUAUUGCUCUCGGGUGAUGGUGAUACAGUUAAAGCUGAUUUACGAACAACAGAUUACUGA